AGUUUCAACGUUACAGCUAGUUACCAGUACCAUCACGCACGGUCAUUGGGGUUAAUAUCGUCUUUCUGACAUAACCAUCACAGUUUCCGACUUUGAACCUUUCGUGUUAGGUGAGAAUAAACUUCUUUCCAUCGGAUGUCACAGUUUGCUGUCAGUAAGUUAUCUGCUUUGUGAGCUUAUUUGCAGUGGUUCGAUUAGAAAACACAAUCGGAAUUGAGGAUUUUAACCAGCUUAUCACGGAAAGGAUUACUUUAGGAUUAACUGGAGGUGAAUCAUGGAUGACGAAAUGAGUGAAAUAUCGGACACAAGUCCUCUCCCUCCAACCGAGGUAUACUACCAAACAUCUACAGACCAACACUCAAAUUCAUGGAGAACGUUCAAAUUCGACGACUACACACAACGUGUAGUCCUUUCCGUCUUCUUCAUCAUCAUAGCUACUCUAGGAAUUUUCGGGAACAGCAUGGUUGUCCUCGGCGUUAUUCUGUGUCGCAAACUUCGAACAGUGACAAACAUUUUCGUGGUGAACCUCGCCGUUGCCGAUCUACUCACGGCGUUGACGAUUCCUUGGAACGCGGUCGCGCUGCUCAGCCGAAGCGGUUGGCCCUUACCAGAGUGGGUGUGCGUUGUUGUCGCGUUGGUGAGUUUCACCUGUGUGGGUUGCAGUCUCUUUACCUUGGCUACUAUCGCCAUCAAUCGGUGGCUCGUCAUUACUCAGAGUUUGAAUGCUUUUCGAAGAGUCUACACUCCGGUCAAUUUAACCUUUAUGAUUCUGGCCAUAUGGUCUGUGCCAUUCCUCGUUGCACUGGUCCCACCAAUGGUCGGUCUCGGAGAGCUUGGAUACGCCGAUAAAUACAGCACGUGUUCCCACAAGACCACGCACCCGUUGUCCGACUACUACAGCGUUCUACAAACCCUGAUAUUCUACCCAGUCCCACUCGUAAUAAUUAUUGUUUGCUACGUGAAAGUUUACCUCCAUGUCAAACGUCACAUGAAGGCAAUGACCGAGCAAGCCGAAGGAUCUUCUACGUCCAUGCAUGCAAGUUUAAAACGACAAUCCAGCCAGCAACAACUUCGUUUAAGCAAACGACAGGUCGAGAUUACCAAGAAUCUCUUUUACGUAGUCCUCGCAUUCUUGAUCUGUAUCACACCGUACGGUGUAGCACUUAUGAUUCCGCCAAGCGACCCAGCUAUACCAUGGACGGCCGCCAUCUUACUUUGUAAUAGCUGUGUUAAUCCUAUGAUUUAUGCAACCAAACAUCCAAACUUCAAACUAGUUUUUAGGUAUAUGCUGACCUGUAAAUGCCACAGAAUUCCCGAGCAGUCGGAAUUCCUUCGAUCUGUGCGUUACCUAAAUGCCCGCCGACAAUCACGUUAAUGGAGGUAUACAUAACCCUGCUUCGAAUAGUAGCUUAUUAAAGUGAAUUUACUUCAGAUUCGUGCGACUUUGAUGCUUCAACCAUGAGAGUGACGCCUUAAAAAACGGAGGGAAAAUGAGCAAUGUGAACAUGUCGAAAUGGCUAGUUUGUAAUUUUCCAUGACAUAAAUUGUUGGUCCUCUGGAGCGGGAUCUGAAGGUAGCUCAACUGAAGUCUAUCCUGGAAAAUAAGCCUAUUAUGAGAUGAAGCAGAGCGAAUUUGUGUUAUGUUCAUGAGCAACAAAGAAUAUUCAACAAUGCACGUUGCAAACCCACUCAGUUCUUCUUGAACUCGUCAUCGAAAAAUUAGGAGUAUAAUUAUGUGCCACAUUUUUAAUCGGUGACUAGUGUUGAUCGUCCUCAUUACUCAUAAUCUUGAGGAGCAUUUUUUUUUCGUUGCAGCAUAGAUUCAUUGGUCUAUAGGUAAAUAGUGUUUGUCGGGCGAAGCGUUCAAAAAUGGAUGCCAAAAUGUUCAGUUGUAUAAUUACCAAGCACCUGUUUUGGCCAAAUCUAUCCAGGUUCUAUACAGACAAAAGUCAAUGAUCACCGCCGCCACAUCACAACAAAAUUACUCAUAUGACAAGAUUAUUCUCCUUUGUAUAUCAAUAUUCAUUUAACUUUCGAGGGGUAUAGCAACGAACAAUUGGGUCUGCCCCCUGUUUUUUAUCAACGAAAAAGUCUAGUCACAAUGCAGACUACUACUACCUAUAUUUACACUUCUUCUUCUUCUUCUCCUCCUUUUACUUUUUAUCCUUCUUGAUUUCUUUUUGUUUAGCCAUCAGUCGUAAUUCACUAUUUUUGCCACUCGCACAGCAAUCUAAAUCAUCCGUUAUCUAAGGUAGAUAUCAAACUGUUGGGACAAUUCAAUUUCCUUUGUUUGGUAUGUUUGAGCAGAAUUUAUGUCUUGAAAAGCAAAAUGAUUAUAUUUCUGUGAAGAAAUACAAGUAUCCAACAUGUUUUUGUUGAUUUUUUUUUCCAUCCAUUUACACUGGAAUGGACCUCAACUAAGGUGAUAAGCAGAUUAAGAGAAAUGCGGCAAAAAAAAGAUGAAAAUAUUUUUUAAAUGGAACUAGAUAUGAGAAGUUUGUGUUGUUUCCGUUAAAUGAAACAGAUAUAGACAUUUGAAAUGUUUAAGAAAGGACAAAUUUCUCUAUAUUGGACUUGUGGCCUUCCCCUUUAAAAGUAGGCCUUCAUUUUCCUCGUCGUGUAAUACUUGCCACCAUGAAUUAUGAUAAAAUAAUAAUUAUUAAAUUAUUCAUGUGCGGCCUAUUUGAAGUCCCCGUCGGCAUAUAGUGACUCAACUUACAAACGAAUAAUUUUUUAAGUUUUGUCCAUAUUUGUUCAGACUUUUACUUAUGUACAUGUUCAUCUCUUAUCAUUUUCUGUUAAAAAUGCUUUCUCUUUGUGCUUGUUCAACAAUAUUUUACCAUAUACUCUGAUAAAAAUCGAGUAAAUAUGUCACUCCUCAGAAAGAGUGAACAAGUGAUUUUCAAUUGUUGAGUGAAUUUGACCCUUUUUAAAGUGAAAUUUGUGUGAAACGUUAUGAUGUUCACUCUUAAUCCACUCCAAAUUGAGUGGUCCUUGACGUCACUACCAAGGGUAGUGAAAAAGGAGUGAAAAUUUACUCAUGUCUUUCAGAGUGUAUACAGAUUUCCUAGAAAAUCACCUGUUGGACAUUUAUCUUCCCCCCCCCCC